GCGGGCCGCGGGCGUCCGCGCCGCUCGGACCCGUGCGGCCCGGUGCGGGGCGGAGGCGAGCGCCCGGGCAGGUGCAGCCUCCGAGGUCCACCAGCGAGGUGCCCACCGCGCCGCUUGGCCCGUCCCGGCUCGCAGCGGCCGCGCGCCCCCCUCUGGGGCCGGAGCCCGGUCGGCGCCCCGCCUUCUCCGGGGAGCGCCGGGCGGGAGCGGCCCGGACCCCAGGCUCGCGCGGGAGACGACGCGCCACAAACUUUGCCUUUUAUUGUUCCUAGCCCUUUAAGUGCAAGGGGCUCUGUUGGGCUGGAAAAAUGUCCUUCUUCAAUUUCCGUAAGAUCUUCAAGUUGGGGAGCGAGAAGAAGAAGAAACAGUACGAACACGUGAAGAGAGACCUGAACCCCGAGGAGUUUUGGGAGAUUAUCGGAGAGCUGGGCGACGGAGCCUUUGGGAAAGUGUAUAAGGCCCAGAAUAAGGAGACCAAUGUUUUAGCUGCUGCAAAGGUGAUUGACACCAAAUCUGAAGAAGAACUUGAAGAUUAUAUGGUUGAGAUUGACAUAUUAGCAUCUUGUGAUCACCCAAACAUAGUCAAGCUUCUAGAUGCCUUCUAUUAUGAGAACAAUCUUUGGAUCCUCAUUGAAUUUUGUGCAGGGGGAGCAGUAGAUGCCGUGAUGCUUGAACUUGAGAGACCAUUAACUGAGUCCCAAAUUCAAGUAGUUUGCAAGCAGACAUUAGAGGCGUUGAAUUACCUACAUGACAAUAAAAUCAUCCACAGAGAUCUAAAAGCUGGCAAUAUUCUUUUUACCUUAGAUGGAGACAUUAAAUUAGCGGAUUUUGGAGUGUCAGCUAAGAAUACCAGGACAAUUCAAAGGAGGGAUUCAUUUAUUGGCACACCGUAUUGGAUGGCUCCUGAAGUCGUCAUGUGUGAGACAUCGAAGGACAGACCCUAUGACUACAAAGCGGACGUUUGGUCCCUGGGAAUCACUUUAAUAGAAAUGGCUGAGAUAGAGCCGCCUCAUCAUGAGCUAAACCCAAUGCGAGUGCUGCUGAAAAUAGCAAAGUCGGAGCCCCCCACACUAGCACAGCCAUCCAGAUGGUCUUCAAAUUUUAAGGACUUUCUAAAGAAAUGCUUGGAAAAGAAUGUGGAUGCGCGGUGGACCACAUCCCAGCUGUUACAGCAUCCCUUUGUUACCGUUGAUUCCAACAAACCAGUCCGAGAGUUGAUUGCUGAGGCGAAGGCUGAAGUAACAGAAGAAGUUGAAGAUGGCAAAGAGGAAGAUGAUGAUGAUGAGACAGAGAAUGCUCUGCCAAUACCUGCGAAUAAACGCGCCUCCUCUGACCUCAGCAUUGCCAGCUCUGAGGAAGAUAAGCUUUCACAAAAUGCUUGUAUUUUGGAAUCUGUGUCAGAAAGAACAGAACACAAUACUUCUGGGGAUAAAUUUAGCAACAAAGUUCUUAGUGAGAAGCCUACUCCUGAGGGACCUGAGAAGGCUGUGGAUGUGGAUGAGCCUGCAAAUGAUGUUAACUUAGAAACUGUGGCUGAACCAAAUGACCAAGCGGUAGGACUCCAUGAGAAUGGGAGAGAGAAGAAAAGACCCAAACUGGAAAGUCAACCAGAUACAGAAGACCAGCAAACUGUGGAUGUUAAUUCAGUCGGUGAAGGAAAUGACAGUAAUAGAGUAAUUUUAGAAACAAACACUGAUUGUCUGAAACCAGAGGAAGACAGAAAUGAAGAAAACCAAGAGAUAAUUGAGAAUAAACUUACACAAUCUGAAGAAAUUAAAGAUAUACAUAUUCAAACAAUGGACUUAGUUUCUCAAGAGACUGGAGAAAAAGAGGCAGAUUUUCAGGCAAUUGACAAUGAAGUUGGGUUUACAAAGGAAGAAACCCAAGAGAAAUUGGGAAAAGAUGAUGAAACUCAAAAAGUUGUGAUCAGCGAUAUAAGCAGUGAGGUUGGAACAGACGAGGCUCCAGGUGAUACCCAGAAGGCUGCUGAGCAGAGCCAGGAUGCAGAGGGUGGGGCUGGGGAAGAAGCCCUGGAGCCUGCCCAGACACCAACAGAGAAGCCCACAGAGGGCCCUGAGGCUCAUGGUGCUGAGGAAGAGCCUCGUAGUGGAGAGAGAGUAGAGGAGAAGCAGCUAGAGCAGCAGCCUGCAGUGUGUGAAGGUGAGGGACAGGUAACCAGCACUUCAGAGAGCACACGGGCAGCCACGGAGGAACUGGAGACUGACGAAGUUGAGCAAGUCAGCGAGUCAAAUAGCACUGAGGAACUAGAGAGACUUGGAGUUACUGGUGCUGAGGAACAGGCGCUCGGGAGCAAAGGGGAGGCUGCUACGGAGGUAGAUUUGGAGAGAGAAGAAAAUGCACAGGAACUGCCAGUUAAAGCAGAGCCCCAAGCUCCUGCAGCAUCGCAGCCCAGUGAACCUCCCCUUGUCUUAAUACCCAGUAUCAAUAUUCAUUCGGAAAACACAGAAAAUAAAGGAGAAAUGGGUGCUUUGCCAAAACCUGAAACCAUACUGCCACCAGAGCCUGAAAAUGGAAAGGGAAAUGACACGGACUCAGGGACUGGGUCCACUGUGGAGAACAGCAGCAGUGACCUGAACUUGUCCAUCUCUAGCUUCCUGAGCAAAACCAAGGACAGUGGCUCGGUGUCUCUGCAGGAGACAAGAAGACAGAAGAAAACAUUGAAGAAAACACGUAAAUUUAUUGUUGAUGGAGUAGAAGUGAGUGUGACAACAUCAAAGAUAGUUACAGACAGCGACUCUAAAACCGAGGAAUUGAGGUUUCUCAGGCGUCAGGAACUUCGAGAGCUAAGGCUUCUCCAGAAGGAAGAGCAGAAAGCCCAGCAGCAGCUCAACGGGAAAUUGCAGCAGCAGCGCGAGCAGAUCUUCAGGCGCUUUGAGCAGGAGAUGCUGAGUAAGAAGCGACAAUAUGACCAAGAAAUUGAGAAUCUAGAGAAGCAGCAGAAACAGACAAUUGAACGACUAGAACAAGAACACACAAACCGCCUGAGAGACGAAGCUAAGCGCAUCAAAGGAGAGCAGGAGAAGGAGCUGUCCAAGUUCCAGAAUAUGCUAAGAAACCGAAAGAAGGAGGAACAAGAAUUUGUUCAGAAGCAACAGCAAGAGUUAGACGGCGCUCUGAAAAAGAUCAUCCAGCAGCAGAAGGCAGAGUUGGCCAAUAUUGAGAGAGAGUGCUUGAAUAACAAGCAGCAGCUCCUGAGAGCCCGAGAAGCUGCAAUUUGGGAGCUUGAAGAACGACAUUUACAAGAAAAGCACCAGCUGCUUAAACAGCAACUUAAAGAUCAGUAUUUCAUACAGAGACAUCAGCUGCUUAAACGCCACGAGAAGGAAACAGAACAAAUGCAGCGUUACAAUCAACGACUUAUUGAAGAAUUGAAAAACAGACAGACUCAGGAACGAGCUAGACUGCCCAAGAUUCAGAGAAGUGAAGCCAAGACACGAAUGGCCAUGUUUAAAAAAAGUUUGAGGAUUAACUCAACAGCUACACCAGACCAGGAUCGUGAAAAAAUUAAACAGUUUGCUGCACAGGAAGAAAAGAGACAGAAAAAUGAGAGAAUGGCUCAGCAUCAAAAACACGAGAGUCAGAUGCGGGACCUUCAGUUGCAAUGUGAAGCCAACGUCCGAGAGCUGCACCAGCUGCAGAAUGAAAAAUGCCACCUGUUGGUUGAACAUGAGACUCAGAAACUGAAGGAGUUAGAUGAGGAGCACAGCCAAGAGCUCAAGGAGUGGAGAGAGAAGCUGAGGCCCAGGAAGAAGACACUGGAGGAAGAGUUUGCCAGGAAACUUCAGGAACAGGAAGUGUUCUUUAAAAUGACCGGGGAGUCCGAAUGUCUCAACCCCUCAGCGCAGAGCCGGAUCUCCAAAUUCUACCCUAUUCCCACCUUACAUUCCACUGGGUCAUAGCGGCAGCAGUGUCCUCAUCUGGAUUUGCCUUCUGAGUGCGUCAUUGUGUUCUCCUCUUCUCCCACGUGUGUGACUACAAAGACAAUCGCCUGCUUCAUCUUGGUUUUUAGAAUUUCUUUCUUGGAUUUUAUUGUUAAACAAAGAUGAAGGGCAAACGAACUAAGAUAGAUGCUAGGCCACGCUGCAGCGUAGAUCUGCAGUGAAUCCCUAAGGUGAUUCUGUGUAUCGACCUUAGAUACCGUAUUCUUUAACACUCUUAGUGAAAACUGCCAGAGACAUAAUGUUUAAAGUUAUUUGGAAAACAUAUCUGUUACAUCACUAAGUAUUAAAAAAUAUUGUUUUAUCUGAUUUCUCAAUGAUGCUAAAUUCUAUAGAUAGGAUUCUGCUGUAGAAUUGGAAUAAUUUUCUUUGGUAAACCAACUCUUAUUUUAAAAAAGCCAUGAGUUACAGAAAUACAUUAUUGAUUGAGUACAUAGAUAUAUUUUUAUCACUAAACAGAAUCAAAAUCUUUUAAAAGAGAAAAGUUAUUUCAGUAAUUUGUCACAAACAUUAGCCUGUGUGGAUAGGAGCUAAUUAUUAAGGUGCUAAUUUUAUUAAGAUAGUGCCUAAAACACUAAAUUUUAAAUAUAUGUAAAUGGGGUUUUCCUUUUGGUCAAUAGGAACAAAGUACCCUUCUCACUGAGCAUCACUUCUCAAUAGAAACUUACAUCCUAAAACAAAGGGAAGAUGGAAGGAUUGGCUUUAAAAUGUGAGUCGACUGAGCCUGUAGCUCAGCGAGUUCUGUCUAUCACUGGGAGCUCAGAUGGCACUGUGCCACAGUCACAGCUGCAGUUCUGAGGCUGGUCUUAGGGGACAUGUUUGUCCACAAAGGAUUUGCGUUCAUAUCAGGCAAACACACACCCAAAGUGACCCUGGGUCAUUCCCAGUGAGGUUAGUCAAGCGCAUUGUGGUUUUAGUUUGUCUCUGUUUAAAUUAACUGCUUUGAGUAGGAAAAGUCUGAAGUCUUUAUCAUGUGGUAGCUGGUCAUGUGACUGUUGAGGAAAUGCUCACGCUAAAUUCCUUUAGAAGUUCAGAGUCUCAGCCCCAUGUCAGGUCAACAGUGUUAUAAACAGCGCCUUUGUGAACGCUGCUCACUGCCUGCCAUUGGCAACCUGUUCUCUUCUAAGAGUGCUGGGUACCAAAUUGUUACCAGUGUUUAUAUUUCGAGGUUGGUGAAAAGUAGAAGUCUCAGUGUAAUGUGGGAACAGCAGUCCACGUAAGAAACUGUAGAUGUCUGUAGUACUUUCUUGCAGUUCAUUUGAAACUUUGGAUGCUGAGCUUUAUCUGGUUUAGAUGGUUAAAAAAUGCAUGUGUAAUUUUAAUUUUAUAAUUAUUUUGACAAGCAUAAUUUUUCUGGACAACCUUGUAGGUGGUAGCCUUAACUUUUAGCCAACUUUGUUUUUUUAUAUAAAUAUAUAUACAUAUUAUAUAUAUAAUGUAUGGUUGUAAAUUCAUACACUUAUCACAUGAAUAUGUUACUAUAUACAGAACUCUUAAUGCUUUAUUUUCAGAUGCUGGGUUGAAACUGUUUGAAAGCCUUUAAAUAUAUAUCUUUAUAAAGUAAUAUUUAGGAUGAUGAUGGAAAUUGUUUAUAUUGUUAUGAUAAAAGAUGGUAUUAUGUUGCCCAGUGUGUUUAAUGAGUUAUUUGAGGAGGAGAGGGGAGGCAGGCUCUCAGACCACUUUCUCCUUUAAGUUUUACAGAUCAGCUCCCCAGUCAGUGGGUUUUCUUUCCGUUGCAUUCAGGUAAUCCAGACAUGAUUUGAUCUGAGCGUCUCCCCUUCCUGUUCUUGACAUUCAAAGUAUUGUAUCUGGGAGGGAGGGCAAAGGGUGUCUCCCUGCUCCUGCUUGGAGUUUUCUUUCAAACAUGGCGGCUGCCUUCCUGUGUGUGCAGGGACUGUUAGUGGAGCACACUCAUCUCAGCACUUCAGGUUAUGUGUAGGACGUGUUUGUAACAGAACAUGCUGUUUCCAAGCAAACUUGCCUACUCCUUCUAAGGCCUUACCCCAAGUAGAUAAUGGUGAUUGUUCUCUCCUGCAUGAAGUACAGGUGGGGAGGGGCCAAGGGGCAGAGGCAUCUGUUCAUACGGUGAGUCUAUUCCUGUUUAGGUCGCUUGGUUGCUGUGGCAGAAUGUGCCAUGCAGAGCAUAAAGGGAAUUGUCAACAGUCACCUCCCCAUUCCCUGCAUGCUGUGGACACACCUCAUCCCUCCCCACCUCUGCAGGUCCAGCUCCUAGAGCUCGUACAGGGUUUCCUCCCUAACCCUGUCGAGGCUCAGGCCGUGGGCUGCUCCAUCAGCUGUUGUAUUAGGUGGAGUCGUAUCCAGCUCUUCCUUACCUUUUCUGUGUGAGGAGGAAGUUGGGAGUGUUUCUAGGUUGCUGACGAUACUGGAAGCUUCUCCCAUGUCAGGACACAGUGAGUGAGAACAGUAGGAAGCAGAACCAGAGCUACCUCUAAGCAGUGUUUUCUCAAGCACGCGCUCUCAGGCUCAGGAGACCCUCGUGGAGGCUCUCUGAUUUCUUGAGCAUCAGCAAGUCUCAGAAGUGAUUGUUUUUUGUAUUCUUCCCGCUCCCUCACACCUUCAUACUUUCCCCAUCCUACACUGUGCUUAUUAAAUGACAAAGACUCUUCUAAGAAGCCAAAUUUGGCCAAGUUAAUAGCUAAAAACAUUGCAGAAUAGAACACCUAGAGCUGCUGUGGAAGAAGGGGCCUCAGCUCUCUGACCCUUCUGGUCCUCCCUGGAGACGAUCAUGCAGGAUGCGGGGUGGUGAUUUUUAAUGCUUCUCGUAAGACAGGCCACAGUUGAUGCCUCUGCUGUCCUGUUCUUUGGCUGACAUGGUUUUAAUAAUGCUUUAAAAUUUCUGCUACAAAGCUUGGAGUAAAGUGUUUUACCAGUUUCAAAUGUUGGCUGCAGCUUAAAAAAUGUGAUUCUUUGCAGUAUAAUAAGUUCACAAGCUAAGUUUUCAAAGAGAAUUUUGUUUCACAGUAUGCUUCUUGUCUAUUUGGGAUCAGAAACAUGCCUUUUCAAUCAUGGGAUUGUUAAACAAUAAAAUUAUUUCUUAAUCUA